CGAAACUUAAAAACUAAAAUUCCAUACUUUUCUGGUCACUGCUAUCAUCCGAUCUUUCUCCAUCUCCGUCACUCCCCUCAGCAACAAAAAGAGAACAACAAAUCAUAUUUCACAAUUCUUAUUUUUUUCAUUUGCAAGUCGAGUGUUUUAUAAACUUAAAGAUUUUUUAUUUUUGUAAAAAAUCUAGGGUUACGUGAUGGCGACGGCUUCACCUGCGAUAAGCAAUAACAGCGCCGAUAACACAAACUCAAUCACCGGCGGCGCCACCACCUCCUCCCCCGGUGGAAGAUCGAUCACCGCUUUAAUGAGUCCGAUGUCAAUUAACAAUAAUAAUAAUAACAGUAAUUUUAAAACUCUCCGAGGGCAAAAUAAACCUAAAUGCAUCAAGUGUGGCAAUGUUGCUCGUUCCAGGUGUCCGUACACUUCAUGCAAAAACUGCUGUGCGAAAGCUCAAAAUCCAUGUUUUAUACAUGUGCUGAAGAACAGCACACCAGUAACAGAGAAGUUACCAUCCGCAGGCUCAUCUGUGACUGAACAGCGCGCGAGUGAGACACCGUUGUCUGGGAAUGUGCAUAGAGUCACCUCGGUCCGGCAGCUAUCCAACCCUUUUGCCCAGUUUAACAAUUUGGGAUCUCGUAUAAAAAAGCCAUUGACUACAAAGGAGGCCUAUCAGUUAAAUGAAUGGAGGUUUUUAAAGUUAAAGGAAUACAAGGACAGGAACAUAGAAAUAGAAAAUGAGGCUUUCGAUAGAUAUUUGCAGAAUAUCAGUCUAUUGGAGGAAGUUUUUGCUGUAAGUUCAAAGUUGGGAGAACCCGUGUCAACCGUAGACGUGAUUGAACGAAACACUGAAACGAUAGUAUCAAAUUUGAAAUUGAAGUUUGCUGCAGACCCAAUUAGAAUUGAAGACUUCAGAGAUAGAAUGAGGUUCAUAGUUCACAACGGCCUGAGAAAGCUUAAAAGUGAGACAUCAACUGGCAAUGAAGAACCUAUACCCGGUAGUAAAUCUAAGAAAGCAAGGUAUUCAAGUGUAGUUGAACUCAACAAGAAACUAAGUAAUGCUCGAACAGAUGAAGAUCUGAAAUCUUGCCACCUACUGAAAACUCAGAUUUUCAAUAGACACGAACCAACAUCUGGUGAACAAGCUGAAGACUUAUUGGAUGGCCAGCUCAAACGAAAAUCUGGAUGUUCGACUUUGAAUUGGUUUAGUACCUGUACAGUUGAUGAAGAAGCUCUUAGUCAUAUUGAUACACAGUUUUCUUCUAUUCAAGAGAUCUAUCAGCUCUAGUUUUAGCUAAAUCUUCUAACGCUUCCAUACUCGAGUUUACUAUUGAAGUGUUUGGAGUAGAUACUUGGAUUACGCUGUAUUGUAUUGAGUAAUUAUAUUUAGUUUUUUAUCUGUUAGUAGCCUUGAUGUACUUGUUUAGCUGACAGGAUAGUUGUAGUUUGUAUGAAAAAAAAUAGCUAUCCUUUUGUAUGUCAUUCACUCACUUUAAAUUA